CAACAUUGAGUCCAAUCGUACCUCUUUCUGUGCAUCAACAGUCGUUCAAAAUGGGUUUCACAAAGACAACCAAGACGUCCUUCCUCAUCCUUUCCGACACUCAUGGGAAAGAUCACAUCAUGCCCAAGAUACCGGUCGAUGUUGCUAUCCACUGCGGCGAUCUUACCGACGAGUCAAAACUGGACGAAUUUCGCUCCUCCCUUGAGCUUCUCAAGUCCAUUGAUGCCCCAUUGAAGCUCGUCAUCGCAGGCAACCAUGACUUCUCCCUCGAUGAAACAGCCUUCGGAAACUUAACCGCAGAAGCCACUACGAAGUGCCAUAUCGAGCCCGAACUCAUAAAGAAAGAAUACGGCGACUUUGGCCAGGCCCGCGAGCUGUGUUCAAAUUCAGAGGACGAAAGUAUCACCUUCUUGGACGAGGGCAUCCACUCCUUCCGCCUACAAAACGGGGCGGCCUUGACAGUGUACGCAAGUCCAUUUACGCCAUCUCGCGACGCACACCAGGGCUUUCAAUUCAAACACAACGACGAGCACGACUUCUCAAUUUCGCCGUCAGACAACAAAAGGGUCGAUAUUGCCAUCACACACGGGCCACCAAAGGGCGUACUUGACAGAACCUCCUCCAACCAGCGGGGCGGCUGUGAUCAGUUGUUCGCCGCGAUCGCAAAGGCUCGCCCUCGCCUCCAUUGCUUCGGCCACAUCCACGAAGGUUGGGGGGCCAAGCUCGUGACUUGGCGCGGAAAAGAACCAACGACCACCACACCGUCUCACUUCACCGAGAUCGAUAACGGCGCUUCAAUACUCAUCGAUAGCCUCGCCGAUUACAAGCCCAGAAAAUUCGAUUCGGAACAAGAAGCUAAGGACAGGAAGAAGAGGAAAGAACGACUUUUCAAGGACGGGUUUAGAAGCACGAGUCACUGCAUGGACGACAAGCACCCGUUGGUAGCAGGACAGCAGACAUUGUUUGUCAAUGCAGCUCUGGAGAUGGGCCCCGAGGAUGAAGACCCAGACGCGAGGGAGCAGGUGCCGUGGAUUGUUGAGCUGGAGCUACCGAAUGCUUAGUUAGUUGAGAAGGAAAAUUUCACAGUGUACGGGCGGUGGUACUGACGACCGGUAGCCACUCCGGAAACAACAGGGGCGGCGGGUGGCAGCUUCGGCGGU